AUUAUUAAUAUAUCACUCAACAAACAUGGGAAAAGCUACAAAAGUAGUCGUUUGUGGAAUGAAAGGUGUAGGAAAAACAGCAUUAUUGGAACAAUUAAUUUAUGGAAACGUUACCUUGAAAACUGAAAUCCAUCCUACCAUUGAAGAUAUCUAUGUUGCAAAUGUAGAAACAGACCGUAGUACCAAGGAAAAAAUUCGAUUUUAUGAUACAGCUGGAUUGGAGGCUUUGCAAAGUAACACGAAUAAUCAACAAUUGGCACGUCAUUAUCUCGGUUUUGCAGAUGGCUAUGUGUUAGUUUAUGACACUGCCAAACCUGAAUCAUUAGAUGUUCUUUUUCCUCUUAAGAAAGAUAUUGAUAAGAAUAAAGAUAAAAAGGAAAUUAUUAUUAUUGUGAUAGGUAAUAAAACUCGUGUGGAAUCAAACCAUCAAAGUUUAGAAAAUACAGCUAGUAAAGCUGUUAACUGGUGUACUAGAGAGAAAAUAAAGCAUUUUGAGGUUGAUGUAAUGGAUAGAGCUAGUUUAUAUGAAGCAUUUAUUUAUUUGUCUUCUAAGUUGAAUCCUGUUCAGAAUAAAAGCACUUUCUCACAAUUAAGCAUGGGUAGAAAAAAUGUUAAAACUGAGACCACAUGAUUUUUUUGAAAAUUUGUAGACUGUUUAUUAUUAAGUUUUUUAAUAUUGCAAUAUCUUUAGAUCUGAUUAUUAGGAUUAAAAUGAUUUAAUAUCAUAAUGUAAUUAUUAGAUAUUGAGGAAUAAAUUAUAUGUAAAAAGGAAGAAUCAUUUAUAAAAUAGAAAUGAAAAUUUGUUUAAU